CAGCCGGAUGGACAGAUGCCCAGUGACAAGGCCAUUGGAGGAGGGGAUGAUUCCUUCAACACCUUCUUUAGUGUGACUGGAGCUGGAAAGCACGUCCCCAGAGCUGUUUUUGUUGACCUGGAGCCCACUGUCAUUGAUGAGGUGCGCACUGGGAUGUACCGCCAGCUGUUUCACCCUGAGCAGCUGAUCACCGGCAAGGAGGAUGCUGCCAACAACUACGCCCGCGGACACUACACCAUCGGCAAAGAGCUCAUCGACCUGGUAAUGGACAGGAUCCGCAAACUGGCUGACCAGUGCACCGGCCUUCAGGGCUUCCUGGUGUUCCACAGCUUCGGAGGUGGCACCGGCUCUGGUUUCACCUCCCUGCUGAUGGAGCGCCUGUCUGUCGACUAUGGCAAGAAGUCCAAGCUGGAGUUCUCGGUCUACCCGGCUCCCCAGGUGUCCACGGCUGUGGUGGAGCCCUACAACUCCAUCCUAACGACCCACACCACCCUGGAGCACUCUGACUGUGCCUUCAUGGUGGAUAAUGAAGCCAUCUAUGAUAUCUGUCGUAGGAACCUCGAUAUCGAGCGUCCCACUUACACCAACCUGAACAGGUUGAUCAGUCAGAUUGUGUCCUCCAUCACUGCUUCCCUUCGUUUCGAUGGUGCCCUCAAUGUCGAUCUGACAGAGUUCCAGACCAACUUGGUGCCAUAUCCCCGUAUCCACUUCCCUCUGGCCACCUAUGCCCCCGUCAUCUCUGCUGAGAAGGCUUACCAUGAGCAGCUAACGGUGUCAGAAAUCACCAAUGCCUGCUUCGAUCCAGCUAAUCAGUUGGUGAAAUGUGACCCUCGCCACGGCAAGUACAUGGCUUGCUGCCUGCUGUUCCGUGGUGAUGUGGUGCCCAAAGAUGUGAAUGCUGCCAUUGCCACCAUUAAGACCAAGCGCACCAUCCAGUUUGUGGACUGGUGCCCCACUGGUUUCAAGGUUGGCAUCAACUACCAGCCACCCACUGUAGUUCCUGGUGGAGACCUGGCCAAGGUCAAGAGGGCUGUGUGCAUGCUGAGCAACACCACUGCUAUUGCAGAGGCCUGGGCUCGGCUUGACCACAAGUUCGAUCUGAUGUACGCUAAGCGUGCCUUUGUUCACUGGUAUGUGGGUGAGGGUAUGGAGGAGGGAGAGUUCUCUGAGGCCAGGGAAGACAUGGCAGCUCUGGAGAAGGAUUAUGAGGAGGUUGGAACCGAUAGUCAGGGAGACGACGACGAUGAUGGAGAAGAUUUUUAAACAGGCAUGCAGUCCCUUGUACUGAUCACUGAUCUAUGCCUUAUCAGUGUAAGAAAAAAAAAUGUGUUCACUGACUGGUCUAUUUCCUGCCUUUGAUACGCUCAUCACUUUUAAUAAAGCAGUAAAGAUUGUUUUCUGUAGUUUGACCAAUGCUUAAAGCAUAGUGCUAUCCUGGGCAGUAGCAAACUGGUUUUUGAAAUUGUUUUAGAAAGCACAGUUUUUAGUGAUACUUUGUCCGAGAACGACUCUUACUCUGCUCAGCAAAACUGUGUUGACCUUUUUUUUUUUGCUCUUAGUGCAUGCUUUUUUAACAAUCCCAGGUCUAUUUCUGUAAGAAUUGUGUUUGGAAAAAGACAUCUCAAACAGUCA